UUCCGUUGCUUAAAUGAGACUUGCAAUUGUCAGAUGUUAGAAUAUCUGGAUGAAGAUAAAUGUUUUCAACGAAAAGAUUACAGAUCUCUAUGUAAUGCUACAGUUCAAUGUAAAGACACGUUAACAUGCUUUGACGAGAAAUGCCAAUGUGACAAGUCAAACUAUUGGAAAGGGAAUGUUUGUAUACAAAAGAAAAAUGUAGAUGCUGCAUGCAUUUUAUCCACAGAUUGCAAAAACAACUUAAAAUGUUCAAAUGGUAUUUGUGUCUGCAAUCUAGAUAAGGCAUACUGGGAUGGAAUCGCUUGCACGAAUCGGCCGUCUGAAUGUGAAGAUCUAAAUUAUACAGUCGAUGGUGUAUAUCCUGUGUAUCCCGGAGGAAACACAAAAAGAACUUAUGUAUAUUGUAUCAAGAGAGAUAACACGAAAUGGACUGUUAUACAGAGACGAAACGAUGGCACCGUAAACUUUUACAGGGCGUUGUCUGAAUACACACAAGGCUUUGGGAGAGCAGAUAAAGAACAUUGGUUGGGAAAUAUGAAGAUUCAUCGUAUAACGCAAGAUGAGACACAUGAACUAAGUAUUCACCUUGAAGAUUGGAAUGGAAAUCAACGACAAGCAAAUUAUUCACAAUUUUCUGUUGGCUCUGGCAACUUAUAUAAUCUUAGAGUUUCGGGAUACUCUGGUAACGCAGGAGACUCUUUGACUUAUCAUAAUGGUCAAUCUUUUUAUACUAAAAACAGAGACAACAACAGUUGUGCUAAAAAGUAUAGAGGGGCGUGGUGGUAUCGUAGCUGUUAUCAUUCAAAUCUUAAUGGAAAAUAUAACGGAACAGGAAAUACAGGAGUUGUUUGGAAUGACUUCGGAGGCGUUUCGUUAAAAUCAUCAAUAAUGAUAAUAAGAAGACGUUAGUUGAUUUAAGAAUAUUGAAACAAGGGCUCAAAAAAGCCUAAAACUAUUACACUAUUAAAUUAUUCGAAAUAAACUACAAUAUGCAAUGACUCACUAGACUGUGUUAUACUUACAAUGUAGGUGUUAUUUUUAUUCUUAUAAUUUGUUCAGCUUCAAAAUUAUAACAAAGGUGAUAUAGUCCAAACAUGACUUGUUUGCUAAAUUAUUAGUAUUGAAUCUGCAUCUAAUAAAUGGUUUUGACUUAUUUA